CCUGCCGCCGCCGGAGCCUGAGUGCGCGCAGCUCCGGGGCCGCAGCCUCGGGGCAGAGGCCACGCCGCGCCGCUCGCCGCCCCGGAACGCGCGGCGCCCGCCCCCUGCAGCCUGUGCUGCAGCUGCCGGCCGCCGGAGGGGGCGACCAAACAUCAACCUGUUGUUGGUCCCGUCACCAUUUAUCAGCUCUCAGCACCACAAGGAAGUGCGGCACCCACACGCGCUCGGAAAGUUCAGCAUGCAGGAAGUUUGGGGAGAGCUUGGCGACUAGCGCGGCGGCCGGCCAUCGCGGGGGAGCGCGGGCGGCAGUAGCGCGGUGCGGCGGCGGCCGUCCCGGGAGAUCGCCCGGGUUUUUCUGAGAGCAAGGCUGUCCCUCGGUCUCCGGUCCCAAUGCCCCGGCUCAUCCUUGUCUACACUCUAAUCUGCGCAAACUUUUGCAGCUACCGGGACACUUCUGCAGCCCCGCAGAGCGCAUCCAUCAAAGCUUUGCGCAACGCCAACCUCAGGCGAGAUGAGAGCAAUCACCUCACAGACUUGUACCGGAGAGACGAAACCAUCCAGGUGACAGGCAAUGGCCACGUGCAGAGUCCCCGCUUCCCAAACAGCUACCCCAGGAACCUGCUUCUGACAUGGCGGCUCCAUUCCCAGGAGAAAACAAGGAUACAGCUAGCCUUUGACAAUCAGUUUGGAUUAGAGGAAGCAGAAAAUGAUAUCUGUAGAUAUGAUUUUGUGGAAGUGGAAGAUGUAUCUGAAACCAGUACCAUUAUUAGAGGACGAUGGUGUGGACACAAGGAAGUUCCUCCAAGGAUAACAUCAAGAACAAACCAAAUUAAAAUAACAUUUAAGUCAGAUGACUACUUUGUGGCUAAACCUGGAUUCAAGAUUUAUUAUUCUGUUGUGGAAGAUUUCCAACCCGCAGAAGCCUCGGAGACCAACUGGGAGUCGGUCACAAGCUCUAUCUCAGGGGUCUCCUAUCACUCUCCAUCAGUAACUGACACCACUCUCACUGCGGAUGCUCUGGAUAAAACAAUUGCACAAUUUGAUACGGUGGAAGAUCUGCUCAAGCACUUCAGUCCUGAGUCCUGGCAAGAAGAUCUUGAGAAUCUAUAUUUGGACACCCCUCAUCAUCGAGGCCGGUCAUACCGCGACAGGAAGUCAAAAGUGGACCUGGACAGGCUCAAUGAUGAUGCCAAGCGUUACAGCUGCACUCCCAGGAACUACUCCGUAAACUUGCGAGAGGAGCUGAAGCUGACCAACGUGGUCUUCUUCCCGCGGUGCCUCCUCGUGCAGCGCUGCGGAGGAAACUGUGGCUGUGGCACUGUCAACCGCAAGUCCUGCAAGUGCACUUCGGGGAAAACCGUGAAAAAGUAUCAUGAGGUAUUAAAGUUUGAUCCUGGCCAUCUCAGGAGAAGGGGUAGAUCGAACUCCAUGGCUCUCGUUGACAUCCAGUUGGAUCACCAUGAGCGGUGUGAUUGUAUCUGCAGCUCCAGACCACCUCGAUAAGAGAAUACGCAUGUUCACUAAGCAUGGAAGAUCCUUUAGUUCAGUGGUUGGCAAACUGCGGCUCGUUAGCCACAUGCGGCUCUUUGGCCCCUUGAGUGUGGCUCUUCCACAAAAUACCACAUGCGGGUGCACAUGUACAGGGCGAUUGAAACUUUGUGGUCCAUGCGCAGAAGUCGGUAUUUUGUGGAAGAGCCACACUCAAGGGGCCAAAGAGCCCCUUUUGCCGACCACUGCUUUAGUAUAAGGAGGGUUUUACAAGUGACCCUUUUCCCACCAGCAGCUGAACUUACUGCUAGCCUGCAAAGCAAUGAAUACAAGUGGUUGUUGAGUUUCAGCUUAGCUUCCUUAGUGUCAUGGCAAGCAGAAAGGUAUAUCAUCAACCUCUAUAUCCAGAAUAUAGAAUUGUAUUUAAUAAUAGUGUCUGAGGAUAUAUCCAUGUCUACAUGUAAAUGGUCAAAUGGUUUAUUCAGUAUAUAUAACCAGGUACACCAGAGCUUACAUAAGGUUGAGUUAUUUAGUUCCUUAAAGUCUUUUGACAAAAUAAGGGACAUAGUAAAUACAUGAAAUAUGUCUUUGAAAUAUUCGGAAGGUUAAUUUAUUUUUAAAUUUUGAAUCACAAAAAAUUUUUUAAUCUUGCUCUUUUAAAGAAAGCACCUUAUAUAUUAAAAACCAAAAGAUGAGUUUUUCUUAUAUACAUCUUAACUAUAAAAAAAGGAAAAUAUGGUUCCUGGGGAAAAGGCACAAACCAAACCAUGUUUCUUCAUGAGACACACUACAUACUUGCCUAUGUAGACAAUAAUUACCUUUCUCCAAGAGCAUGCCAUGAUAAGACAGGCGCUUUGGAAAUUAAGUCUCCUUUUGGUGCAUCUUGCUGAGGCAUGCCAAUUUAUGUAACACCAGCCUCAAAAAAUUUUCUCAGAAGGCUUGUUAUUAUAAUCCUACAAGAUGCAAUUGAUAAGCUGUAGUACAAAUUUUAAUUGUUUCUUUCCAGAAACCCAUCUGCAGAAGUAACGUCUCUGGAGAAUGGCCUGGGGACUCUGUAUGAGCCUUUCAGAACAAUGCUCAUUGAAAGAUUUAGGUAGUUGAAAGUCAAAAAAUUAAGCAUUGCGCUAUUAACCUUACUGGAAAUUUGAUAGAAUACUUGAUAGGACCCAUAUUUAAUAAUGAAUUCAAACUCUCCAAACUGUGCUAAUUGAUUUUCUGUAUAUUGCUUCUGUGUUCCUGUCUCUUCCAUAUAUGGAUUUACAAUGGCAUUUUAUAUUUGGCAAGCCAUCAUGGAUUACUUAUAGCCUAAAAGCUUUUGUGUAUUAAAACAACCUAAGCUUAUUUAUAUAAAUCCCUAAUCAUGUACACACUCCCCAACUCUGAAGUCCUGUUUCUGAACCAAGUGAAAUCAGAGCUGGGGUCUCUAGUUCUUCGCCAGAUCUAUGGGGCUUAUUCUAAGAAGCCACUCUGCAAAUUGUGGGAGCAAGAGCUUGGCCCGGUUCCACCACUAGAAAACUGUUUCUGCAUCAGUGGUUAUCAUUGCUAUGCAGAGUAAUUUUUCCUCUCUGGCUCCUUACUGUCUAUUUGAAGGGAGACUGACUCCAGGAGCAGGAAGUGAUUCAUCAUUCUCCAAAGCAAGACUCUUAAGAAAGCAACCCUGAAAUCAAGAUAGCUGAGGGGCGUCUCAGAGAGAACUACGUUUUUCUUGCUGCCUUGAAAGAUAAAAGGAGAGCCUAUUUCUUUCCUGAGUCCAGGUCCCUACUGACUAGACCCAAUUUGAGUGAGGGGUAUAUGACAGGUGCUUGUUAAGUCCCCGUGUCAGAUGAGGGACCACAAUCUCUUUGGAAUUUUACUAGUAAGCAUGGUGCCCUCAGGACCAAAUCCUCAGCUACCCCUAGCUCAUUUCUUCUCAGCUCUUUGAAAAGAAAGGCCAAUGCUUUUUGAAAACAUGCCUUCAAAAUGUGUCCAGGGGAGUGAGUGGUAAGAUUAAACAGAGAUUGUUCUGUUGUCCAAAGUCCCAGCGUGCAAUCAGCAAUAGCUGAGACAGGACAUCACUCUUCCCCUUCGGGACCAUUUGCAAGUUUCCUCUGAAAACAUCGGAUUCCUGUACCAAAACCAAAAUGUGUGACAUCACGUUAGCGUGUUCAGUUUACAUCAUGUCUGUAAGUAGGAAAAAUGAGAGUGUUUUACCCAAUUUUCAAUAAACGUUCCAGGCUGGGAACCCGUGAAAGCCCUUGUCUGCACUUCUUAUCUAUUCGCUGAAAUGUGAGCAGGCAGAUCCCCUCACUUUUCUUUUUUCUUUCCUCGGUGUUUUAUUAAAACGUCUCCCUUGGUUAUCUGUUACCUAUUGUAUUUCCAAUAAAUCUGUUUCAUCGCCAUCAAAGGAAUAAAAAACUCACCGUACAAAGUGCAUUUCAAAACAAAGCCUAAUAAAUGCACCUGAAAUAAAUGCCUUUCAUUCAAUAUGUUCUUAGAGGGCAAACCAUUUUCAAAAGUAGCAUUUUUGUGUUUGUCAUAUUGGUAACAUGCAGCUUUUUCCCCUCAUAGCACAUGUAAUAACCCUCUUAUCUUCCUGAAAAAUAAAUGUUGCUUUUGA